AACAUUGCCAAUGUCUCCCGUAUCUUACUGUUUGUGGGCUGGGCCUCAUGUCUCCAACCUUGUGAAUCGAUCCGAUCUUCUCGGUUCCUCCUCCAAAUCCACCGGCAUCUCCAAGCCCUAGCCCCAACCCCGACCGCCCAUGUCCGCCAUCGCGGCCUCCUCGGCCGCCGCCGCCGCGGCGUCGAACUCCGAUGAGGAAGAAAACUAUGAGGAGUACAUCCCAGUCGCCAAGCGCCGGGCCAUGGAGGCCGAGCGCCUCCGCCAGCUCCGCCUCUCCAAGUCGGCGCCGGCCUCUGCCGUCUCAUCACUCCCGAUGCCACCUCCCCCGCCUCUUUUGCCAGCGCAGACCUCCGUUCCCGACGCCGCCGCGAAGCCCAGCCUUCUCGUCAAGGCCACGCAGCUUAAGCGCGCGGCCCCGGAGGUGACCGCCACGGAGCAGCGCAUCCAGCAGGAGAAGGAAGUGAUUGAAAAUCUCUCAGACAACAAAUCGCUCAGGUCAGUCCGCGAGAUCGCCAAGGGCAUCAUCUACACGGAACCGAUCCAGACCGGGUGGAAGCCGCCCCUCCGCCUCCGCCGCAUGCCGCUCGCCAAAGCCAACGAGUUCCGGCGCAAGUGGCACAUCAUCGUCGACGGUGACGAUAUACCGCCGCCUGCGCGUGAUUUCCGGGAUCUCCGCCUCCCGGAGCCCAUGCUCCGGAAGCUGCGCGAGAGGGGUAUCGUUCAGCCCACGCCGAUUCAGGUGCAGGGGCUGCCCGUUGUGCUCUCUGGGCGUGACAUGAUAGGCAUCGCUUUCACGGGGUCGGGGAAGACUCUGGUGUUCGUGCUGCCGCUUAUCAUGGUGGCGCUGCAGGAGGAAUCAUUGAUGCCGAUCGUGCCUGGCGAGGGCCCGUUUGGGAUGAUCAUAUGCCCGUCGCGGGAACUGGCCAAGCAGACAUAUGAUGUGAUUGAGCAGUUUCUCAUUCCACUUAAGGAGGCCGGUUAUCCGGAGAUAAGGCAUUUGCUUUGUAUUGGGGGUGUGGAUAUGAGGACACAGCUCGAUGUGUUGAAGAAGGGCGUGCACAUUGUGGUGGCAACGCCUGGUCGGCUCAAGGAUUUGCUUGCCAAGAAGAAGAUGAACCUUGACAACUGCAGGUACUUAACCUUAGAUGAAGCGGAUAGGCUGGUUGACCUAGGAUUUGAAGAUGACAUCAAGGAGGUUUUCGACCAUUUCAAGGAUCAAAGGCAAACUCUUCUCUUUUCUGCUACUAUGCCUCAGAAGAUUCAAAAUUUUGCGAAGAACGCCCUUGUGAAACCAGUUACUGUCAAUGUGGGAAGAGCUGGAGCAGCAAAUCUAGACGUCAUUCAAGAAGUCGAAUAUGUAAAGGAAGAUGCUAGAAUUAUAUACCUCCUUGAAUGCCUCCAAAAGACUCCACCUCCUGUUCUCAUUUUCUGUGAAAACAAGGCUGAUGUCGACUACAUCCAUGAGUACCUUCUUCUAAAGGGAGUGGAGGCUGUUGCUAUCCAUGGAGGAAAAGAUCAAGAGGAGAGACAGAACGCAAUUGACUCCUUCAAGACUGGUAGGAAGGAUGUUCUGGUGGCUACUGAUGUUGCAUCGAAGGGUCUUGAUUUUCCUGACAUUCAGCAUGUCAUUAACUAUGACAUGCCCGCCGAAAUAGAGAACUAUGUCCACCGAAUCGGUCGAACUGGUCGAUGUGGGAAGACUGGCAUAGCAACUACCUUCAUCAACAAGAACCAAACUGAGACCACGCUUCUCGAUCUCAAGCACCUGCUGAAGGAGGCAAAGCAGAGGAUUCCACCGGUGUUGGCGGAGCUCAACGAUCCAUUGGAUGAUGAGGAAAUAAUUGCCAAGGAGAGUGGUGUCAAAGGUUGUGCGUAUUGUGGUGGGCUUGGCCAUCGUGUCAGUGACUGUCCGAAGUUGGAGCAUCAAAAGUCCAUGGCAAUUGCUGGCUCGAGAAAAGACUACUUUGGCGGCGGGGGUUACCGAGGAGAAAUAUGAUUGCUCUAGGUUGAUGCUUGCGUGUGGUUAUCAGAAGCUAAGAUGCUGCAAUUUCAGGUCAUACAUGUCACAUGUAUCAGCCACCAGAACAUCCUUCCUCCCCCAUCGUUGAAGGGAGACGGUCUGCGUUAACGAACUUGUGAUAUGCUGCUGGGUAUGACACUGCUUGCUACUGACCUACCAUAUAUCUUGUUUGAAGGACGCAAGUUGAUUAUCCUGCCCUGUUGUAAAAUGUAACCAGAACAAUUGCUGGCGUAUUUCUUAAGCACCAGUUUUAGCCCCUUUCUGUAAGCAGUCGACAUUUCAGUUCAACUCAUGUAUGUAUAUUUUGAUCUUGUAUACAGUAC